AUGUCAUCAAACGACAGCAACGACGACGACUUCUCCAUCACCGAUAGGCCCUUUGCCUGGGUUAUCAUUCCCCUAGCCGUCAUUAUCAUAAUCGGCUGCAUCGCAACCGUUCUCCAAGUGCGCCGACGCCGCCGCCGCCGUCAACAGCAGUGGGCCGGACAAGGGCCCCGCGUACUAGGCCCUCCUCCGGGACGUCUAUUCGGCGCAAACGGAACCCGGGGGAACGGGCGCCGUGGGCCAUGGGCCGGAACAAGAUCCCAAGAGGGUCUCAACGAGCUGGGAGAGGCGCCGCCGCCGUACGACGGCAAGAAGGAGAGGCAGGAUUCCGUCGAGCUGCGGGAUCUGGAAGCUGGAGGCAGUCCGCCUGAGUAUCCUGCUGUGCCAGGACCGGCUGUGACGAGGAAUAGUCGGAGGGGGGAGUAA